UUACAUCUUCCUGAACUGGUGUAUGCUGCAUCUUUAGGAGAGUUUGAACAGGUCGAACAACUGUUAUCACAAGGUAUUGACGUUAAUCAAACUGAUGAUGAAGGCUAUAGUGCGCUACAAGCUGCGGCGGAAAAUGAUCAUUUAGAUAUCGUUAAAUUACUGAUUUCUAAAGGCGCAAACAAAGACUAUAAAAGCCAAUUUACCGCAUUAGAGCUUGCAGAAAUGGCUGAAAAUCAACAGAUUAUUGCGUAUUUAAAUGCCCUUUGCCUUGUGCUUCAGCAAUCAAACGUUCAGCAGAUUCACGGUUUUUACGCAGUCCUGGCAUGCGGAACUCAGUAUGACCAUAGUCAUGAAUGCGUGUCCAACGUCCACCCCAUGUUAAACCUACAGAUUCAGCAACAACCCCAUAUAAUUGAUAACCUUUCCAUGCCCAAGGAUCUCGUUCAGAAAUAA